AUGGCGAGCCUCAAGAGGUCCAUGGGCUCUGACCCUAUGGCCUCGAGCAUUUCCAACAAGGUCUACGUCCGGUCGACCAGGAGUGGCAAGGUGCAAAAGAUUGUGCGAGAGGUGUACCUGAGGCAAGACAUUCCAUGCUCGUCCAAACUCUGUACCCAAUGCCCCAAGAACGCACCGACGGAUGCCGCUGGCAAUAUGAUCAACUUUGUCCUCUCCGAGAGGCCGGCUGGCACCAAAGAUUUCCCACAGGGCCACUACUUGGUGCCGGACACCAACGCCUUCCUCACCGCUAUGGACCUUUUCGAGCAGAGCGAUUCAUUCUGUGAUGUGAUUGUAUUGCAGAUCGUCCUGGAGGAGGUUCGGAACCGGUCCCUGCCGCUCUACAACCGCCUCAUCGGCUUGACCAAGAGCGACGAGAAGCGUUUCUACGUCUUCUUUAACGAGUUUAGACUCGAGACUCAUGUCGUCCGGGACCAGGACGAGUCUAUCAACGAUCGAAAUGAUCGAGCUGUUCGCCGUGCCGCCAAGUGGUACAGUGAGCAUUUGGCUGGGGGCUCGGCCAAGUCCAAGAAAAAGGCCCAGAACCUCCCGGCCGUCGUGAUGCUGAGCAACGAUAGGGCGAACCUACGCAAGGCCAAGGAGGAAGGCAUACCUGCAUGCUCUUUGGCACAGUACGUAUCAGGGCUCAAUGAUUCCGAAAGGUUGAUGGACCUGGUACCCGAGUCGCAGGACGACGAGAUCACGUCAGGGAAGUCCUCUGGCCACAUAUACCCGGAAUACUUUACCAUGUCCAAGAUGAUGACAGGCGUCAAGAAUGGUCUCCUGCAUCAAGGCAUUUUCAACGUCUCACCAUACAACUACCUCGAGGGCACGAUAAGAGUCCCGGCAUUUGAAAAAGCCCUGCUCAUCCUCGGACGUGAGAACAUCAACCGUGCUAUUGACGGCGAUUCCGUGGUAGUAGAGGUACUUCCCAAAGACCAAUGGAAGGUUCCAUCGACUAGAAUCGUCGAGGAGGAUACUGUCACCAGAAACGAGAACGCGGACGGCGAAGACCAAGGAAGCAGCGGGAACAUCACUGAGAAGGAGCGCAAGGCUCUGCAGGAGGAAGUGAAGCGCAUGCAAGCCAAGGGAGCUGAAGCACAAGCACAGCCAACGGCCAAGGUAGUCGGCGUUAUAAAGCGAAACUGGAGGCAGUACGUUGGCCACAUCGACCAGAGCUCUGUCAGCAAAUCUGCUACUCAAGGAAGGAAGCAGGAGGUGGUUUUCUUGAUUCCGAUGGACAAGAAGAUCCCAAAAAUCAGACUUCGCACAAGACAGGUUGGCGAGCUGCUCGGCAAGCGCAUUCUCGUUACAAUUGAUGCUUGGGAUAGGGACUCUCGACACCCAGUCGGUCACUUUGUCCGGUCUUUGGGAGAGCUAGAGACAAAGGCUGCAGAGACUGAGGCCUUGCUGCUCGAGUAUGAUGUCCAGUACAGGCCGUUCCCCAAAACUGUGCUCGACUGUCUGCCCAAGGAAGGCCACGAUUGGAAGGUUCCAGCAAGCACAGAUGACCCAGGCUGGAGGGACCGCGAGGAUUUGAGAGGUCUCCUAAUCUGCAGUAUCGAUCCCAUCGGUUGCCAGGAUAUCGACGAUGCUCUACAUGCCAGGCCAUUGCCCAACGGCAACUUUGAGGUCGGCGUCCACAUUGCUGAUGUGUCACAUUUCGUCAAGCCAAGUAACGCCAUGGACACCGAGGCCAGCAUCCGCGGCACAACCGUCUAUCUGGUGGACAAGCGUAUUGACAUGUUGCCCAUGCUUCUUGGCACAGACUUGUGCUCUUUAAAGCCUUAUGUUGAGCGUUUUGCUUUCUCGGUACUCUGGGAGCUGACACCUGACGCCGACAUUGUCAAUGCGCGCUUCACAAAGUCGGUCAUCAAAUCACGGGAGGCAUUCAGCUACGAGGCAGCACAGAUCAGAGUGGAUGAUGCAUCGCAGCAGGACGAGCUUACCACAGGCAUACGUACUCUGCUUGCUCUUUCCAAGAAGCUCAAGCAAAAGCGUAUGGAUGCUGGUGCCCUUAGUUUGUCCUCGCCAGAAGUCAAGGUUCAAAUGGAGUCUGAAACUUCUGACCCUAUCGACAUCAAGACCAAAGUACACCUCGAGACCAUGUCACUGGUCGAAGAGUUCAUGUUGCUCGCCAACAUUAGCGUCGCACGAAAGAUCUACGAAGCCUCGCCCCAAACGGCUAUUCUGCGAAGACACGGCGCGCCGCCCAAGACCAAUUUUGACGAACUUGCAAACCAGCUCAAGGUCAAGAAGGGUUUCGAGCUGCGAGUCGACUCAUCUCGCGCACUUGCGGACAGUCUGGACAAGUGUGUGGAUCCUAACGAUCCAUUCUUCAACACGUUGGUUCGCAUCAUGGCGACUCGUUGCAUGAUGUCGGCUGAGUACUUUUGCUCCGGAACCCAAGCUUAUCCCGAGUUCCGCCACUACGGUCUCGCAUCCGAGAUCUAUACCCAUUUCACGUCCCCGAUUCGCCGAUAUGCAGACCUUGUAGCGCACAGACAGCUAGCGGCCGCAAUCGGCUACGAGGCCGUCCACCCGAGCGUACGUAGCCGAGGCAGGCUGGAGGCCGUUUGUCGUAACAUCAAUGUCAGGCACCGCAACGCUCAGCUUGCCGGGCGUGCCAGUGUAGCCUACUAUGUGGGACAGUCACUCAAGGGCAAGGUUGCCGAAGAGGAGGGUUUCAUCAUGAAGAUCUUUAGCAACGGCUUUGUGGUCUACGUGCCGCGGUUCGGAGUCGAGGGGCUUAUCAGGUUGCGAGACCUUGCGGAGCCCGAACCUGAGGCUGAAUUUGAUGCUGACAGUUACGUGCUGCGGACUUCUGGGAGCCGCGAGAUAACGGCAGAGUUGUUCCAAAAGGUCAAGGUCAGAAUCACGGACGAGAAGGAUGAGAGGACCGGCAAGCGUGGUAUCAAGAUGGAGCUCAUCUAA